AAAUUAAAUUGAGGUUAUAUUUUCUCGCUAGUUUAAAUAAUUGAAAAAAUAAUUAAUUAAGUACUUUUCAAAGUAAAAGCAUGGCUAAGCAUCAUCCAGAUCUUAUUUUUUGUAGAAAGCAACCUGGAGUCGCUAUAGGUCGUUUAUGUGAAAAAUGCGACGGCAAAUGCGUUAUUUGCGACUCCUAUGUGCGUCCUUGCACACUGGUUCGUAUUUGUGACGAAUGCAACUACGGUUCAUAUCAGGGGCGGUGUGUUAUUUGCGGAGGUCCCGGCGUCUCCGACGCCUACUACUGCAAAGAGUGUACGAUACAAGAAAAAGACAGGGAUGGUUGUCCAAAGAUUGUAAACUUGGGCAGUUCAAAGACUGAUCUGUUUUAUGAAAGAAAAAAAUAUGGGUUCCGGAAACAUUAGCAGGCUCCUGCUAUAAAAGACUUACAGUGAAUUAAAUUAUGUG